GUCUGGCUCGGGUUGGGGCCGGGGCAGACAGCCCGAGAGAAGACGGGCCGUGGGAGCUCGCGUGGGGCUUGCGGACGGCGGCCCUCAAGGGCGUCGGCAGAGUGCUUGUGAUUUUUUGCUGAACUUGUAAAAGAAACUCUUGGAUGGUGGAUUAAUAAGAACAUUGACUGUCUGAAAAGUUUCCAAUUGGAGAAUAUUGAAUUUUCACCCUAGUCCAGCACCUCUGCUGCUCACUUAAAUACAGAUGAAUGAAGACCCCAUUUGGAAAGACACCUGGCCAGCGGUCCAGAGCUGAUGCAGGACAUGCUGGUGUAUCUGCAAACAUGAUGAAGAAAAGGACUUCCCACAAAAAACAUCGAAGCAGUGUGGGGCCCAGCAAGCCUGUUUCCCAGCCCCGGAGGAACAUCGUAGGCUGCAGAAUUCAGCAUGGGUGGAAAGAAGGGAAUGGCCCUGUUACACAGUGGAAAGGAACAGUUCUGGAUCAGGUUCCUGUAAAUCCUUCUUUGUAUCUUAUAAAAUACGAUGGAUUUGACUGUGUUUAUGGACUAGAACUUAAUAAAGACGAAAGAGUUUCUGCACUUGAAGUCCUCCCUGAUAGAGUUGCAACAUCUCGGAUCAGUGAUGCACACUUAGCAGACACAAUGAUUGGCAAAGCAGUGGAGCAUAUGUUUGAAAUGGAGGAUGGUUCUAAAGAUGAAUGGAGGGGAAUGGUCUUGGCACGCGCGCCUAUAAUGAACACGUGGUUUUACAUUACCUAUGAGAAAGAUCCUGUCUUGUAUAUGUACCAGCUCUUAGAUGACUAUAAAGAAGGUGACCUUCGCAUUAUGCCUGAUUCUAACGAUUCUCCUCCAGCAGAAAGGGAACCAGGAGAAGUUGUGGACAGCCUGGUAGGCAAACAAGUGGAAUAUGCCAAAGAAGAUGGCUCGAAAAGGACUGGCAUGGUCAUUCAUCAAGUAGAAGCCAAACCAUCUGUCUAUUUCAUCAAGUUUGAUGAUGAUUUCCAUAUUUAUGUCUACGAUUUGGUGAAAACAUCCUAGAUGUCAUCAUGAACUUUGCCAAAUUUGUGGAACUAUUAAAUGUAUAAUUUGUAGACACAAAGACUUGAUUGCUUUCCAGUUUAAUGAAAGCUUAAAUGUCCCUGCGAACCCACAAUCUCUGCCAGCAAAACUGUUUUGUUCUGAGUAGUACAUAUAUAUAUAUAUAUAUAUAUGUGAACACAAAGCAUUUUGUUUAAGGAACCCCUUCCUCUUAAAAGAAGCCUGUCUGUUUGAAGGGGAGUUACAGACACGUUUGGUAAAAGUUAAGCUAAUAUCAUAGUCAUCUAAAAUUAUAAUAGAUCUUAAUCAAUUUCCCCUUCACC